CACAUGAUCUCGUAGUAUUCACUUGAUCAUUCAGUAUUAGAACAAAUAAUAUUAUCAUCUGUAGUUAUCGCGUUUCUAUAAAUAAUAUCGCAUAAGCGCGCCCUGAACAAAGUUGUUUAUCAAUAAUAACUAUAAUUCUAUUGAGUACAUAAUAAACUAAUGUUUAUCUAAACAUAAAUCAAACACAAACACAAAAAUCUUUUCCAAACCUUAAAAAACUAUAAACAAACUAACUACAAAAUUUGUUUUGUUACCUCAAAUAUUUUUGAACAAACAGAUUUUCUUGAAAAUGUCAUCCAAUGAAGAUGUAUUACAAAAGUUGCCUUAUGAUGCUGUUCGCACGGCCCUCAUCGAGGUUAUCCAUAGCAUCAUUCCAACUAAAAACUAUGCACUUCAGCUAGAAGAAGGAUCAUCGAAAGGAGACAACUAUGUUGGAGUUGUUCAUCGUUUAAACAUAUCCUACGAAGAAAAAGAGAGCGAAAAUGUUCGUAAGUCAAAGAAAGUAGGAAUGUUUGUCAAAGUUCCACCAACCAAUAUUCAAAGACGAAAUCAAUUCUUUGCCAGACCUUGUUUCCUUAGAGAGGCACUGAUGUACGAUGAGUUUUUGCCACUUCUUGCUAAAUUUCAACAAAGUAAAGGCAUCAAUCCCGAAGUUGAUGGAUUCAAGGAACACGCCAUAUGCUACAAAAGCUUAAGUGACGAACUUCAUGAGGCAAUUUUUAUGGAAGAUCUUGGUAAUAAAGGUUUUCGAAUGAAUGAUCGUUUUGUGGAUCCAUCGUUAGAAAUUGUGAAGUUAAUAAUGAAAGCUUUGGGAAAACUUCAUGCGUUAUCGUUUGCAUUGAAAGAUCAGUGUCCAGAUGAGUUUGCAAAAUUCAGAGAUAUUGAGGAAAUUUUAAAAAGAAACGACAAAUUUUUCGUAGACUAUAUAAAUGGCCUAAAGGAAAUGGCAAUUGAGGCUUUAUCGAACGAAGGUGACGAGAAAUACCUUCAGUUUUUUAAAUCGUUCAUUGAAAAGAAACCACUCUACAAUCGAAUGACAGAACUUACUGAAGGCUUUAGAGCAGAACCAUAUGCUGUCAUGAAUCAUGGCGAUUGUUGGAAUAAUAAUAUUUUAUUUAAAUAUAACAAUGAAACUGCAGUUGAUAUAAAAUUGAUUGAUUGGCAAAUAUCAAGAUUUUCCUCACCAGCUUGUGAUUUGAGUUACUACAUUUUUCCUUGUACUACAAAACCUUUAAGAGAUCUAUAUUACCAGGAAAUCAUGGAUGUCUAUUAUUCUGAAUUGGCUCAAUUCCUGAAGAAACUUGGUUCUGACCCUGAAGUAUUAUUUCCACGCCCAGCGCUAGAUGAUCAAUUGAAAAGGUUUGGCUCAUUUGGAGUGAUCAUGAGUCUUAUGCUCAUACCUACUCUGACAGCUAAAGCCGAUAACGUACCAGACUUGGAUGAGAUAAGUGCAAGAAUGGAAGCCGGUGAUGUAGAGUUUACAAAAGAAGCUUUUGGUAACAAAGUUCCUGAAACAUUUUCUAGAAUUCGUGAUGUUCUUGUUGAUGCUAUAAACCUUGAAUAUUUAGUGUAGAGACUUUUUUUUUAUUUACUUAUGGAUGUGCUUAUAGUUUUUUU